GUCAUAACUGACGUCACGACAGCAAGAGGAAACAUUUUCUCUUUUUCUUUCACAUUUUCUUCCAUGUAUAAAUAAUUCAAUUAAAUGUUGCGAAUUAAUUUAAUCCGCUUUUCACCAAUAUGCCUAUCGAUUUUCUUACACUUAAUUACUUAGCUGUGAUAAUAGUAUUACCUACUUAGAGCGCCGCGCUUUUAAUCUAUCUGAUCAUAUUGCGCUUAGUUCAGUAAAGUAGAUUUAUCAAUGUGUUUACUUGUCAAGUAGAACGUAAUUGUUGUCUUUUAUUUUGUUUGAUACUUGUAAAUUCGUUUAUUACUAAUUACUUACAGCGGAAUUAUACUGAAUCGUGUUAAUUGUUUGAUUGAUCGAUUAAAAAUAUAAUACAUCAUUUGAUGCUAAAAUUGUAACUGAAAAUAUUGAAAAAAUAACCAUGAAUCGUCAUCCGAAUACCGAUAAUAAAAAUCGCUCUGAACCUCCAGUUGAGUUAGAAAGCCAAUUUGUUCUACGCUUACCACCGGAACCCUCAAGAGUUUUACGGGAAACUUUGCGAAGUGGUUUACCUUUGAAAGAUAGACUGAGUAUAAAAUUAGAGCCUGAUCUGCGUUAUGGAGAGGUUAGAUUCGAUUACUGGGUACUUCAUGCCAAGGUUGUCGAUUUGCCUACCAUUGUGGAAUCUCUGAAAACCAUUGACAAUAAAAGCUUUUAUAAGACGGCUGAUAUAUGUCAGUUAUUAAUUUGUAAAGAAGAAGACGAUCAUACAACAACAGAUGAAGAAUCACCAGUGAGACAAAAGAAAAAGGAUCCUAAUAAAGUAGACAAAAAAUUCUUAUGGCCGCAUGGGGUAACACCUCCUACUAAGAAUGUAAGGCGCAGGAGGUUUAGAAAAACCUUAAAGAAGAAAUAUGUAGAAGCUCCAGAAAUUGAGAAAGAAGUAAAACGAUUAUUAAGAGUAGAUAACGAUGCAGUUAAUGUUAAAUGGGAGGUAAUAUGUGAAGAUGAGGAUCAGUCAAAACCAAGCAAGGUAUCAUCGUCUGGCACAGUAAAAACUAAAAGAGAAAGUAUUAAUGGUAACACUUCUCAAAGCCUUGAUGUUGCUGAACAUGAUAUAUUUGGUGAACCUGUGAGUGAUAGUGAAGAUGACGAUGAAGAAGCAAAUAUAAAUGUUAUGGAAUUGGAUGAAAAUAGUCGUCUUUCUGCUGAUAGUAGAGUAUCAGAUUCUAACUCCAUGCAAGCCACAUACUCUGAAAGAUCUAAUAAUAAUACGAAUACAAAUAGUAAUCUUGUUACGGAAUUUAGCAAAGAAAUGUUUCAAAAUGAUAAUACUGAAACAGAAACAGAAAAACCUGCAGAUAUAACGCCAUCAAAAGUACCAAAAAUGGAACCAUUCCAACCGGAGUAUAUUCUUCCAGAUAAUUUCACAGAAUCACCUCCUGCUCCAACAUCAAAGGAUUCGUUGCAAACACGUCUCGCAACAUUGCAUGCAGAAUUAGCUGAAUUACGACAACGAAGGCAGCAACAAGAGCUCGAAAUUGCUAACAUUGAAAAUGUUAAACUCAGACAAAGAUUCCAAGAAAUAUUAGAUAAUUUAUUAACACAAGAAAUGCAGAAAGUUCAAGAAAUUCACAACUUGGAAUUAGAGUAACAUUGAAAGGAAUGACCAUAUAGGCCAACUAUCCAACUAGAUAUCGUGAUCGAAACAUCUGCAUUCAUACAGUUCCUCAUAGUAAAAUAUUCUUGAAUUAUGAUUUAUAUUUUUCUUUAUAAUGUUCUUAUAUAUUAUGUAAUAUUAUUUAAAACCGUGGUUAAAAAGUAUUUCAUGUUUUCAAUAUAUGUAUAAA